GGGUGCUCGGUGCGCGCCGGCGCCGCUCGUCCUGCUCGGCCCGGCCCCCGGACCGUGCCGUCCGUCCACGCUCAUCCGCUUUCUCUCUCUCUCUCUCUCUCUUUUUUUUAAAGUGUGACUGAAACAAAACAAAGCCAAAGGGACGCUGGAUUUAUCAUUGGUUGAUUUUCCUCCUCCUUUUUUUUUUAUGAUCAAAAAACAACCCCCCACCCGAGCAAACAAACAUACACAAAAGCAGAAAGAAAGGGUCUUGCUCAGCAGCAGCAUGGAUGUCUUGGCUAGUUAUAGUAUAUUCCAGGAACUCCAGCUUGUCCACGACACCGGCUACUUCUCAGCUUUGCCAUCCUUGGAGGAAAACUGGCAGCAGACAUGCCUGGAGUUAGAACGAUACCUUCAGACUGAACCGCGCAAGAUCUCUGAGACCUUUGGUGAGGAUUUGGACUGCUUCCUUCAUGCCUCCUCAGCCCCAGAUGCAGAGGACAAUAUCCAACAGCUGGACCCCAUCCUUUUACCAGUGGAGACGAGUACAUGUGACAAAAGCGCCAACAUGGACAUUAUCCUCUCACGUGACAAGCUGCUGUCUGAGACGUGCCUCAGCUCGCAGUCCACCAGCUCUUCCACAGAAGGCUACACAGCCGUCAACCAGGCCCAACUCAAUGCAGUAACCUCAUUAACUCCUCCUUCCUCGCCAGAGCUCAGCCGCCACCUUGUAAAAACCUCACAGACUCUCUCAGCGGUGGAUGGCACAGUGACAUUGAAAUUGGUGGCCAAGAAAACUUCACUCAGCUCUGUAAAAGUGGGUGUAGCAACAGCGACUGCGGGGACGAUAAAAAGCGGGCAAAGUGACAGUGAACAAGGAGGUAUGGGGACAGAAGCAUCUCCAGAAAACAAGAAGAGGGUUCAUCGCUGUCAGUUUAAUGGGUGCCGGAAAGUUUAUACAAAGAGCUCCCACUUAAAGGCUCACCAGAGGACUCAUACAGGUGAGAAGCCUUACAAGUGCUCGUGGGAAGGGUGCGAGUGGCGUUUUGCACGGAGUGAUGAGCUCACAAGGCAUUACAGAAAGCACACGGGUGCAAAGCCCUUUAAAUGCAACCAUUGUGACAGGUGUUUUUCCAGGUCGGAUCACCUUGCCCUCCACAUGAAGAGACACAUCUAAAUAUCAGUCAGCUUGGCAUAGAUGUCAUCUGGGCUAAGUGUUGUGAGAUGAAAGUGGAACUCAAGUUACAACGUGCUACCUUACAGGAGAAGAGAACUUGAUCCCGUGUAAUCCUCUGUACAGGGGCCACAUGCUCACACUGUCUUGCACCCAGUGAUACUUCAAUACGUACAUCGGUUCUUUUAUGCCUUGCCCCAGCUGGAUGGGAGAAGAUGCAGGCGAGGAAAUGGUGUAGUGGUGAAGUCAGUGGAAAAGAACAAUUGCUUACAGUACUUCAUCCCUCUUGGAUUUGUUUCCUGUUUUUGCCAACGGAAAUCAAAGAAAACACAGGAGGCUUCCCUGCAGUGGACGGCAGGAGGAGGGGCUUAUCUAACUUGCUUCUCAGUGCAACUCAGUAGAAGAAUAUGUUGUCUUGAAGUUGCAUAUUUGUAGCACUAACUUCCUUUUUAAAUAGAUGGGGGGAAACCAAUGACCUAGAAAACCAAAUCCCAGUUUGGUAGCCAAAAUGAACCUCUUGGUUUUUUUUGUUCUUUGUCUGAGAAUUCCUAAUGUUCAGUGCAUCAGACUUCUCACAGACACUUUGAUCUGUCUUGGUUUUGGUUCUUCUUCCUAGAACUGAGCUAUUGAGAUCCUUUUAAGUCAAUACCAGUGGCCUUAAUGGCAGUAGACUGUGGAGUGACACUUGUGACACAAAUAUCCUCUUCUUGGCCUGAGUUUAUGUAGACUUCAUGGAGGAUUAUAUUUUUGUUGGUUGUUUUUAUUUUAAUUUUUGUUUUGGCUAUUGCACAACAUAUGCACUAGGGACUCUGGAAGCUGCUGCCAUGAUGGCUAAGUAGCCAAGGGAUAAACCCCUAAAAAAACAGCACCUAAUAUCUCUGUAAGCCUCACCUUAUUGCCAUAGCUAGGACUUCUUGUUUAUUUUUUGAACAAAAAACUUUAAAACUUGUUUGGAAGCUUAAACAUUUUUUCUCUUUUCUCCACAAACAAGUGAUCUUCAGAACUCCUUGUCUUCACCUGGAUAUCAGUCUGGGACUGGCCACACAGGCAUGACUACGGGAUUCCUUCCACAUCAUAUGAGGAUGUUAGCCACAGCCCACGGUGAUUUAGUGGUGAAUUAUGUUGCUUUUUCUUGCUGUUCUACUAACCAAUUUAAAACAUUAGACUUUUGUUUGUGUAAAGAGCACCUGCAGAAUGUUUUAAUUUAAAGCUAAUGUUUGUUGAGCAUCUUAUACACACAAAAAAACCCCAAGCCAAAACUCCUGCUCCAGUCUUUGACUGGGAAAUCGAGAACCUCUUCCAAGUACAAUGGCUUCAUUCAUCAUUAGCCUUUUAAAGAAAUUAUCAAAGUCCUCCUUCUCCAUUCAUCAAGUUGAUACUGUAGGCCACUCCUAUAUGAAAAAGUGUAACCAUGUGAACGGUGAAGGAAGGAAGGGAUUUUACAUACAGCAGUGAGCCUUUUCCAAAUGAUUGGUCUAAAGUAUUACUAACCUAGAGGUCCAUUUUGGCCUACUGUGUGAACCAUCAAGGAGAAGUGGAGGUCUCAUGCUCACCCUUCCGUCCUAUUGAUAAUUUGAUUUCGUUGGCUCAAAGUGGAUUAAAGUCUUCAUUACAAAAGGAAAAAAACCCACAAAAAAUGUAUUGCCAUAAAUUGUAUUUGAAACUAUUUGACACUGGCCCUGACUCCAAAGACUGCAUUUAGGACCAUAAAAACGGCCUAUGCAAGCAGGCAGGUGGUCAUUAAGUUGUAUAUUUUGUAUAUUCUGGGACCAUCCCUACAAGGUGUCUAGAAAUGAAUCAGAAUAGCACGUGGUCCACAAAUGGUUGCUGCUCUUUUAUACUGUAUUAGCCAACUGCCCUUUGACUGUUUUGACUCAUUGACUGUUAUAUAUUUCCCUUAAUUUAUGUUUGGGAGGUAAAACUAUACUCUAAAGGGAAAAAAGAGCAAACAAGAAACUGAAUAGAUGUUUAAGAGCUGUCACCAGGAUCCUUGGCACUUGAAUUCUCAGCAUUUUGCAACCUCUGGUUCCAGUGAGAGAUUGAGUUUACUCGAAAGAUGCUGGUUUUCCUCACAGUUUUCACAAAACACUGUGACUGUCAACUGAACACUUUGGGGACAGGGGGGAAAUACGAUGUCUGGCCCAUAUGGCAUGAAAUAUGGACCAAAAUGUAACCAUCUUUUAGGGACAAUGAUGUAAUAUUCAUGAUAAGAGCUUGAGAGAGAGAGUGAAAGAAAAGAAAGUCAGAAAGAAAGAGAGAGAGAACAAAAAUUGAGUUUAUUCCAAAGAUUUAAAACUAACUAUACUCUAUAUGUGUAUAUAUAUAUGCUUACAUAUAUAUAUGUAUACAUUUAAAAAUUGCAGAGCACUGCUUGCUGACAAUCUCGUAUUUCUCUACUUCUGUAUUUGCAUACUUUUUAUGGCUGUUUCACUCAGCUGUUCCACUGGGACUGAGGGCCCUAGGAUCGAAUUUGUGAUGGAACAUACAGAUCUGCCAGAUCACAGACUCACAAAAAAUCCCGAGUUGGAAGGGACCCACAGGGAUCGUCAAGUCCAGCUCCUGGCCCUGCACAGGACACCCCAAGAAUCCCACCA